AGUGUGUGUGUGAGUGUGUGAGAGUGUGUGUGUGACUGAAACAGAGUCAGUUUCUCGUUGUCAGUGCGAGAGAAGCAGAGCCACAGACGGGAGAAGAGAAACAUGGACAAAACCUGGGACUUUGAUUUAAAUUUUUGUUAAAAAACAAAGAAAAAAAAAACAUUUCUAUUUUUUUUUAUUUUCCAAUUUCAGGACAACCAGAAAGAUGUUUUCUCUCAUGCUGCUGCUGCUGCUGCUGGUUGUCAUGACGAUGACGGUCGGUGGCGUGGACGGAGCACGGGUCCUCAGUGGUCAGACGGUGUGUUCAGGUGGUCCAGGUGGUCCCUGAUACAAGAUCGCUUACUUCCACGAUGUUUCCAGCCGUGUGGCGUUCAGGGAGGCCUGUCGAGCCUGUGAGAUGGACGGUGGGUCGCUGCUCAGCAUCGAGAGUCAAGAAGAACAGAUGGACAUCGAGAACCUGCUGCACGAGCUGCGUUCAGGUGCAGGAGGUGGAGCGGAGGGAGGAGGCAUAGCUGACGGAGACUUCUGGAUCGGUCUGACCAGGGUGGACACACUCGACCAGACUCAUCCAGAACUCACCAACACCUUCACUUCCUGUCCCCGGCUGUACCAGUGGACCGACGACAGCCCCGCUGCCUUCAGGAACUGGUACUUUGACGAGCCGUCGUGUGGAGGAGAGGCCUGUGUCGUCAUGUACCAUCAGCCGACGGCACCCUCUGGUCUGGGCGGGCCGUAUUUGUACCAGUGGAACGAUGACCGCUGCAACAUGAAACACAACUUCAUCUGCAAAUACAAACCAGAGAGUCAUGUGACUACAGGGUGGGGCACAGAAUGUGUUUUCUCAGAGGUGACAGCAGAUGGGGGCGUGGUCAAACAACCUUCUGGCGGAGCGGGGGUGGAGCCUCAGGUGACAACGACGGCGACUUCAGGCAUGUUACUGGUCUACGUCAUCAUUCCCACAAUCCCUCUGCUGCUGCUCAUCCUGGUGGCUUCAGGGACCUGCUGUGUGCAGAUGCUCAGCAGAAGCACCCCUCGCACAAAGACCACCGUUGCGACCCAAUCAAACUUAUGGAUCUCCAACCCGUCCAAGGCCGACAGCAUGGAGGUCUGAAGCUACGUCCACUGUGCAUGUCAUGUGAUGACAUCACCCUGCAGCCCGCUCCGUCAAUAUUAACCUGGUUUGUGGCCUGUUUAAAUCCAUGGGACAAUAAGAUCGUUACAGAAGCCCCUACUUUCUUCUCUCCUGAUCAUUUCCUCCCCCAUCAACAAUCAGCCGUUAAUGAAGUGGGACUUUA